UGUUGUGGAUGGGGCGGUAUUUCUUAAGUGACUGAUCGAUUAUAUUAUUAAUUCUAAUAUAAUUAAUGGAUCUCAUAAACUCAUAGCCACUUUUUUUCUGGCCGCCUCCUCACUGAACAUUUGGAAGGAGAGAGGAGUAAAAUGUAUUUUGAAUAGUCCAAUGAGAGUUGUCGUGUCCUCAUCCAAUCAUGAUACAGAGUUGGUCUAUAAAGAGCGGUCAGCGCACUCCGUUCCAUUCAUUCAUUUCUUGUUUUCAGACUUAGGAGGACUGAUUGUGCAGAAUGGCUAGGACUAAGCAGACUGCCCGUAAAUCCACCGGUGGCAAAGCUCCUCGCAAACAAUUAGCUACUAAAGCUGCCCGGAAGAGCGCACCUGCUACUGGGGGAGUGAAAAAGCCCCAUCGUUAUCGCCCCGGCACUGUAGCCCUGCGGGAGAUUCGCCGUUACCAGAAAUCUACCGAGCUACUUAUCCGCAAGCUGCCCUUCCAGCGCCUGGUGCGUGAAAUUGCCCAGGAUUUCAAGACCGAUUUGCGCUUCCAGAGCUCGGCCGUUAUGGCUCUGCAGGAAGCUAGCGAAGCAUAUCUAGUUGGCCUUUUCGAGGAUACUAACCUGUGUGCUAUUCAUGCCAAGAGAGUCACUAUCAUGCCUAAAGAUAUCCAGUUGGCUCGGCGCAUCCGUGGGGAAAGAGCUUAAAGACCCCCUUUUGCAACCACUUAAAAACCCAACGGCUCUUUUAAGAGCCACCACAUUUACACGGGAAAGAGCUGUAUAUUUCUGUUUUAAAAAGCU